AUGGAAAAUCAAGAGAGCGGAGGAGACCUCCGCGUCCUAUACUCUCCAGCAGCUGAUUGUCCUCGACCUAUUGACAUCAUAGCCGUCCAUGGCCUAAACGGCGACUCCAUGAACACAUGGACGCACUUCCCAGGCCGCGGCAAGCCAAGCACCAUGUGGCUCCGAGAUCUCCUGCCUGAGAAACUACCCAGCUCCCGCGUAAUGACGUUCCAAUACGAUGCCUCGGUCGUCGGGAACACGUCCGCGCAUGGGGUUCGCGGUAAUGCGAGCAAGCUGCUCCAGCUGCUCAGAGACAAGCGGGAGGAUAAUGACGAUGAAGGUCGCCCCAUCGUGUUUGUUGGACACAGCUUGGGGGGCAUUAUCAUCAAGCAGGCACUGAAGCUGGCAAGCAGCAGCCGAAGAUUCUCAGACAUUGCCAAGUCCACAAGGGGAAUAGUAUUCUUCGGAACCCCCCACCGAGGCGCAGACGGCGCAAAAUGGCUCGGCCUCCUCACCGGCAUCGUCUCAACCGCACUAAACCAGCCCCAGUCCAAAUUCAUCAAGCUGCUCGAAACUCACUCCGCCGAGCUGCUCAAGGUAUCAGAGGACUUCCGACCACUGGCGACCAAGUACGCCAUCGUCAGUUUCUACGAGGAGCACGUCGACCGGAUCCUGGGGAAACUUGUAAGCUCUCCUCCUCCUCCUCCCCCUCUCGCCAACCGCCUCCGCCACCCUCAGGACAUGAUGGUGGUUUUCUACGCGGCCAUGUAA